AUUCAUUUCCCCAGUACUCGAUUUUCCGCCAUUUUGUUUUCUCCUAGCGAAUCCUAAAACCGGUUAACAAAACUGUUCCAUAUCGUUCUUUUUUUAAACUUUGGUUUACCCCUCAGUCGUGCAUCUAGUUAAAGUAGGCUCAUGUAUUCUUAUUAUUUUAGAGGGAAAAUCAACAGGAAUUAAUCUAAAUUUGUCUGUUUACAUAAACAUGCAUUUAUUCUGCCGCGCCACAAGGUGGCGUAUGUUCUACAGACCUUUAGUUAUCCGACGGAUAUAUAUAUAUUUUUAAACUACCCCUUUAGCUAGCUAGCUUACCCGAGGCAAUUGUUUUGUUUUCAAAAAUAGUAUCGAUACUUGCUUUAUUAUAGCUUGCUGGGUGCUUCAUAUUGUAAAGCUACUCACUCUCUCGUCAUCAUGGACGAGGAAUAUUACGAAAGGAAUAUUGGAGACUGGGAUGGUCCGGAUGGCAAUGACGACUAUGUUGAAGGGGAGAACGAUGGGAAAGUUCAGGAGGACUGCCUACAGAAGUUCUCCAGCAGAGAUUACAUCAUGGAGCCUGCUGUCUUCAACACCCUCAAAACAUAUUUCCAGGCUGGUGGCUCCCCUGAACAUGUCAUCCAGCUCCUGUCGGAGAACUACUCUGCUGUGGCACAGACUGUCAACCUGCUGGCAGAGUGGCUCAUCCAGAUGGGUGUAGAGCCUGCUCAGGUGCAGGAGCGGGUAGAGAAUCACUUGAAAAGUCUCCUGAUCAAGCACUUUGACCCCCAGAAGGCAGACUCCAUUUUUACUGUAGAGGGAGAGACUCCUGCCUGGCUGGAACAGAUGAUCGCCCACACCACCUGGAGAGACCUUUUCUACAAGCUGGCCGAGGCCCACCCUGACUGUCUGAUGCUCAACUUCACUGUCAAACUCAUCUCAGAUGCGGGCUACCAGGGGGAGAUCACCAGUGUGUCGACAGCGUGCCAGCAGCUGGAGGUGUUCUCCAGGGUCCUAAGGACCUCUCUGGCCACGCUGCUGGAUGGAGGAGAGGACAACCUAGAGAAGAACCUGCCAGAAUUCGCUAAGAUGGUGUGUCACGGGGAGCACACAUACCUGUUUGCCCAGGCCAUGAUGUCCAUCAUGUCUCAGGAGGAGCAGGGGGGGUCGGCCAUGCGCAGGAUCGGCCAGGAAGUACAGAAGUCUGCACAUCAACGGGGCCAUGAUGCCAGUCAGAUUACUCUGGCAUUGGGCACAGCAGCAGCCUACCCUCGAGCCUGCCAGGCCCUGGGCGCAAUGCUGUCCAAAGGGGCACUCAACCCUGCCGACAUCACUGUGCUCUUCAAGAUGUUCAGCAGCAUGGACCCACCUCCCGUAGAGCUGAUCCGAGUGCCUGCGUUCCUCGACCUGUUCAUGCAGUCGCUGUUCAAGCCGGGCUCAAAGAUCAACCAGGACCAUAAACACAAAUACAUUCACAUCCUGGCCUAUGCUGCCAGUGUGGUUGAAACAUGGAAAAAGAACAAGCGAGUGAACAUCAACAAGGACGAGCUUAAAUCCACCUCCAAGGCCAUUGAGACGGUCCAUAACCUGUGUUGCAAUGAGAAUAAAGGAGCCACAGAACUGGUGGCUGAGCUCAGCACCCUGUACCAGUGCAUCCGGUUCCCAGUUGUUGCCAUGGGGGUACUGAAGUGGGUUGAUUGGACGGUCUCUGAGCCCCGCUACUUCCAGCUCCAGACAGACCACACCCCUGUCCACCUGGCGCUUCUGGACGAGAUCAGCACCUGUCACCAGCUUCUGCACCCACAGGUCCUCCAUCUACUGAUCAAGCUCUUUGAGACCGAACACUCCCAGCUCGACGUCAUGGAGCAGAUGGAACUGAAGAAGACCCUGUUGGACCGUAUGGUCCACCUGCUGAGUCGAGGCUACGUGCUGCCUGUGGUCGGAUACAUCCGCAAGUGCCUGGAGAAGCUCAACACAGACAUCUCUCUCAUCCGCUACUUUGUAACGGAGGUGUUGGAUGUGAUUGCCCCUCCAUACACUUCAGACUUUGUCCAGCUGUUCCUGCCCAUCCUGGAGAACGACAGCAUCGCUGGCACAAUACGCACAGAGGGAGAACACGAUCCUGUGGCUGAGUUUAUAGCUCACUGCAAAUCCAACUUCAUCAUGAUGAACUGAGAAUGACGCUGGUGGGUCCACCUUGGAUGAGGAUGUAGUGGGAAUACCAGGGAGGGGCAGAAGGCGUGACCUCAGUUAUGAGCCAAUCAUACCUUGACGUGUUGUGUGGACUGGUGGAAGAGGAAUAGAACAAUUUUGAGGCAGACCAUUUUCAUAGACUGACCUGCGAUUUUGCGUUCUCUUCAAAUGUGGCUUAAACACAUGACUUUGAGAAUUAAAAGGAUGUUGUAGUGUAUCAUUGCUUAUCACAGUUAAGAAGGGUCUGGAGGUUUGAGGAUACCUUGUUUUACAGUGCAGCUCCAUCAUUGGUUUCACUGUUGUUUCCAUUGGUAUGUGCCAAGGUUUCAAAAUCCAUUUUCUGUUGCAUUGUCUUUUGAUUUUUAUAAAUGUUAAAAUGACUGCUCAAAAGAUAAAUGUUAAUUGAAAAGUUUUCCUACUUCCCCUUUUCAAUUUGACAAGAAUUUUGACACAUCUUGGUUUUAUUUGUUUUUCGCACCUAGCAACAGUUAAUUGUACAGUGGUAAGUGUAGAUCACCGGUAUUUAUACGACAAGACAAUGAGUUUCCACCAUGCUGCAUCAUUUCCUUUGAGGUGGUUCAAGGAAAGUUAAUGUAUAAAAACAAGUUUCCAUCUGGCCUGGAUUCAAACACACCACUAGUGCCAACACAUUGCAUGAAACACCUUAAACUAGUGUAAAGUACACAAAGCGAUUUCAGUGCCAACUGAUUAUUUGGAUAUUGAUUCAUAAAUUGAACUUGUAUUUUCAUGAUUUAAGGGAGAGUCACAACCACCAUUUGGCCCCCAUAAGAAUACAGUUGAAAUGCCAUAAGGAUAGCUUUUCAACUCCCUAAUAAAUCUUGCUCUUGUGACUGACUGGGUUUGAACCAGGUGUCCUGCAAGGUUAAUCAUUAAAUGUGUGGUUCAUCGAACCAACUCGCAUUACACCCCCUUUGACCUCAACCAAUAUAACUGACUGGGUUUAAUCAGGCCUGUUGCACAACAAUGGCAAACAAGCAGAAGGAUCUGCAGAAUGCCUGAGACGUCAGUUGAAUGAGUUCUAACUCAGGUCUACUGUGUGCCAGACAAUGCUAAUGUUCAGGUCCCCGACCAUUUUAGAUGGUCAAAGUCACAUGUUACCUUUGCCGGAGAUUUGAACCUAACAAGUCAUCGGGUCUCAGGCAAGGUUCUUAACACAAAUCACGCUCUUUUGACGAGUAACCUUGCUGGAGCUAAGAAGACUUGUUUUGCAGGUGGUUAGUCUAAAGUGUCGCCCCUUGCGCAAUUAAAGCUGAAUCAGCGUGAAGUAACUCGCUAAGCAGGCAACGUGAUGUCCUUUACAAUGGUGCCAAUGGAUUUCUUUUAAAUUGCACUGGUUUAACCACUGUGGAGUGAGUAUGUAGCGGAUCUGUGACAGCUUAACUGUCACCCCUUUUUAGCAAUUGAAAAAUGCCACUUUCAAUAGCAUGGUGGGUUACAAUACUUCAGGAGGGUGGUCACAUGUGUUUGUGAAACAGAUGUCCUGAGUUAGUCUCUGUAUACGCUGAUUCUGUCCUUUAAAUUGUCCCUAUAGGCUUUAUCUAAGUGGGCUAACCAGGAGACAUGGUUCGAACCCAGUCAGUUGCAAGAUUAAAUGGAGUUGAAAGGCUAUCCAACUACUCUUAUGGAGGACAAAUUGCAGUUGACACUCCCUUCUGACGCAACCUGUGAUCAGAGGGAACCAGAACGCACAGCCAUGGUCAAGAUUCUUAGCUUUCAGGAAGGUGGUCAAUAGCCUGAAUGGUUCAAAUUCUUAAAAUACCAGUGACAUACCACAUUCGUUUCAGACACCGCUAGAAGCAUCUGAUUUAGUUCCAGGUUGAAUUUUAAAUGACUGCAAUAGCGUCCAUAUUGAAACUCAAAUUUUAUUACAUUUUUAAAAAAACAAUAAGACCCAGAUUAAAUACAAGUUAAAUUUUUUAAGUCAAUGAUUCAACUUGUACAGUCAAACAUAGAAAUGUAAAUAAACUGUCAGCACUGAAA